UUCAGUUUGGUGUGAACGGCAGGGAUGUAAUAACACGCCGAAUAUCAUUUAGCCGUUGAAGUGACAGUUGUAGACGUGAUUGCGAAGUGAAAUCUUAUGGUUAACUUUCAAAUGAACACAAUUAGAUCCGUGAAUCGAGGAUAUCGUUUGACUUCCUGCAUGAUAAAGUACAUGAACUAGAAUCGAAGUCUUGAAGUCCAUAUAAAAUUAUAGUAGUUUCAUAUUUUUGAUUCACUCUUUAUAAUUAUUAUAAGCUUGUGUGUCAAAGUAGGACAUUUGUGGAGGGAAACAUGUGAUUUGUGGUCAGUAGAAUGCAUAUAAAUAAAGUAUUUGUGAAUUCAUUGUGAAGUAUAUACAUGUAAUAGUUAAAUGACUGAUUACCUACACGCGAUGCGUGAUCUCUCGUGAGAAGAUGUUGUAGGGCUGUUCAAAGUGGAACCACCAGCAUUGUGUAAAGUUCUUUGGUGGACAAUUACGAUAAAUAAGUUAUUGAACAAUAAUCUCAAAAGAUAUUUCAACUUUGGUGAAGCUAUAUAUUUAUGUGAUUCUUUGUAUCUGAUGGAAAGGGGUUUAUAAUACUGGAUUUUUUUGGAUGAAACAUUACCCGGGUUUUUUUUUCUUCUGCCGUUCUAAGUGCUGUUCAUCAAUGAAUUCAAAUACAAAUCCAAGAAUGGAUAACUUGAUACCAACUGUAAGAACUAUUGUAAUACAUGGAAAAUAAAUUCGUCUUUCUAUCGACUCGGUGCAUUACUGGAUGAACUAUUUUGGCUUUGCUGCCAUACCGAAGUAGUGUGUGUUAAUGAAUUAUUAUAGUUUGAAACCAAUUCCAAGAAUUCGUGUAAUAUGUGAAGAAUAAAAUUGUUAUUUUAUAUUGACUCGGCCCAUAAUCGUAUUCUUCCUUUAUUAAAAAGACACACAAAAUCUAGUAUAUAAACCUAAACGACGAAAUAAGUUUUAUUUAAGCACCCAUUGACUGGGAAUCAAAUGAUAUAAUAUACAUUUUAUUAACGGUUUCUACGUUCAAUAUUAGAUUAAUGUGAUUUGAAUAGAAGUAUUUCAGUCAACCCAUUUGUGAAUCGCGUCUUCCCACGACGUUUUGUUCUUAUUAUUCAUGGAUAUCGUUUGUUCAAUGGACGGCAACCAAACAUCGGUUUAUUCCAGUCAUGUGUCCUCGAGCAAUGUAUAGAAAGAUGUGGACGAUUCGAGACAAGAAAUUCUACUGCCGCUAAAUCUGAAAAAUAAGGCUUCUCGUGGUUAGCAUAACCAGGAACACUGCUGACUCUUUAUCACACCACGUGUGCAGGGAUUAAUGGUGUGAAACCCCUUGGUGUCGUGUUAAAUUAUUGCUUAAUCAUUUUAUUCCGUUAUUAAAAUACGAAUAAUUUGAUUUGAAUAACAGGGUAUGUGCGGUGUUUAAAAAAAAUAACGAUUAAAAUUACCAAUUGCUAGUUCAAAAUGAACGGAAGACCGACAAAUACGAGGCGCAAACCUCGUCGAGAACCAAAAAAGGGUAAAAAGAAGAAAAAUAGUUCCAGUUGUUGCUGUUGUUGUGCUGAUAAAGUAGCAGAUACAGAGACAGCCAAUGAAUCUGAUUCGCCACCACCAGCCUCGCCUUCAUUAGAACUGGACACGGAACAGGAAGUGACGACAGGUUGUUGUUGUUGUCGCAAAAAGAAAAAGGUAAAAGUAACGAGCGAGAGUAAAUGUGGUAAAUGUUGUAGAAAAUUGACAACUUUCAUGUUUUCACAUAUUGGGUUGUGUUCGUUGGUUGUGGCGUAUUCAGUUUUGGGUGGUUAUGCAUUUAUGUUAUUGGAAUCUCCACACGAAGUUAUAGAACGGAACAAUGUGGAGUUGAUUCGAAAGGAACAAGUGCAAAGGUUAUGGAAUGUGACUAAGGAAUUAAAUGUUUUCUAUGAACAGAAUUGGACGAUUAUUGCAGAUGAAGUGUUUAAGUUUUUUCAGGAUGAAGUGUUUUUAGCAACUAAAGAGAAAGGGUGGGAUGGUAAGGACGGAGACAAAGAGCUACAGUGGUCCUUUGCUGGAGCUCUACUUUAUUCUGUUACUGUUAUUACUACUAUAGGUUAUGGACAUAUAGCACCUAAAACAUUCUAUGGACGUCUAGUCACUAUAUUUUACGCUUUGGUAGGCAUACCAUUAACAUUACUAUGUUUAGCCAAUAUGGGCAGCUUUCUCAGCACAUGUUUCCGGUGUCUUUACAAGCACAGUUGUAACGCUCUCUUGUGGUUUUGUUGUCCGCAACACAUGCGCAGAGAUCGACCAAAAAGCAAGUCGAGAAGUAAAUAUUCACGCCGAAGAGAGCCACCUAGCGCCGAGGAAGAUCCUCUACAGGAUAAAGUUGAUGAUAAUGGGGAAGUAAUCGUUACUAUAGAAAGAGAAACAGAACAAAUCAAGGAAGAACCUGUUCGUGUUCCCAUAUUUAUAAGUUUAAUGAUAAUAGCCGGCUAUAUAUUUGGGGGUGCUGUUAUAUUUUCCUUGUGGGAAGAAAAAUGGGACUAUCUGAUAGGCUCUUAUUUUUGUUUUGUAACACUGACUACGAUAGGAUUCGGCGAUUUCGUUCCUGGAGCUAGUAGCGCCACCUGGGGUAAUAAAGAGAAGAAUAUAUUCUGUGUGUUUUAUCUUGUGUUCGGACUGUCUCUUAUAGCUAUGUGUUUUAAUUUGAUGCAAGAGGAAGUGCGUGCUAAGUUCAGAUGGCUCGGUCAAAAAUUUGGAGUUAUUGAUAAACAGAAAACGUGAAAAAUGACAGAUUCCCAUGUUAGGGUAAUGACGUAAUCUCAUUCAGAUUGGCAAAUAUCAAACGAAGUAAAUGGUUUCAAAUUUCCAUUUGUUACAUCGAUGUGAAGGAAUCAAACACUGAGUGAGGAAAAGUUGCAUGUUCAUUUCCCAAUAACCCCAAGCAAUGACACCUACAAGUAAAUUGCCACAGAGGUUGUUCAGAGUAGUGAAAUGAAACAUAAUAAUAUCAAAUAACUGUGAUUCGUGUGUGCGUGUUCAACUUCUAGGUUAAGAUUAAAUCCAUUGAUUUCUAAAUUCUUUGCGUCCAACAUUUUUUCAAAGCUGUUAUAAUCUUCAAAAGGAAGAAAAAAAAUAUGAUGAAAUUAAAGAUUUUACUAUCAAAAGUACAGAAAAAUCUUUGAAGAACUGCAAACAUCAUGUGUAAGAUAUUUGACUCUUGUUCAGAUUAUCGAAAAACAUUUGUUCUUUUAGUCUUUGACAAAUGGGCACUCUAUGUUGAAUAUUAUUGCGUUUUAGGUUCCUGAUAAUGUACAUCUGAAUUUGUUAAAAACAUUCAAGGUAAUGACGAAUUUUCUAUAUUUUAUGGAUUUAAAAUAAAGACUAACAUAUAACUUCGAUAUCCAAACAUCAAUAUUUACCCCUCCAACAUUAGCAUAGAAAGUAUUGUGAUCUAUAUAUUCAUAGGUAAAGGCAAUCUAAGAUUAUCAUUUCUGUCAACAUCCAUAUUCGCCCGUCCGUCCAUAAUUGUCUUGUUAACAUGGCCGAAGUUAAAAGAGUUCUUUCAAAUUUGGUGUGAAGCAUUUCCGUCAUGGGAGGAUGAACUUCAUCGAUAUUCAGUGUUCUGUGACCUUACGUUCCGAACGAUUUUUUUUUAUAUUUGGGGUCAAGCAUUAGGACUGGGAAUAACCGUUUUGCUUUUGAGAUUUAGUGAGACGCGUUGGGAUCGGAAAAGAUGAACCUUGUUGAUUUUCAGCAAUCUAGGACUUCCUGUUCCAGAAAUAUAUUAUAAAAUGUCCGGAAAAACUUGUGAACACAAUACAGAUUAGAUUUCCCUUCGAGGCACAGCUAUUGUGUUGGCGUAUUUCCACGCAUUGUAAAAUCAAGGUCCAUCUUGACUAUUAAAGAAGCUGAUAUUAUGUAGGGAUACCAAACAAACAGUGAUAAGAAUAUCCCUUUCUUGCAUAGAACAAUUUGUUUUUUACCAGGAAUGUCAAAUUCCAAACAAGCAUGUAUUUUUACAUUAUUAGACAUAUUCAAUACACUUUUUUCAAUUAUAUUACCACCAUGCAGCUCUGGGUGGCGGUAGGGACACACAAUUGAUUCCACUAUGCACAAAUGGAAGACAAAAGGAGAUGUCAAAAAUGCAAAAUGCUUAUCGUUCCCAGAUGUAACAUUAUCAACAAUGUUAUCAGCUUUCAGCAGUGCGCGGAUGUUUGGCUAAUCCAAACAGAAGUCAUUGUACUAACAUGACUAAUGACUGAUUGUCUGAACUUGAGGAGAAACUACAACAAAGACAGAGGAAGACCUUGCAUUUGACAUUGUUCUACUACACCUGGAAGAACAUGUUUCGAGCUUGUAUAUUGGUGCAUUUUUUGACUGCAUUACAGCAGUGAGAUGCCGAACUAUCAUACCUUAUAGCAUACCGGCAACAUAUGUGGCAUGUAUAAAGUCACUACUGUAGUUUAUUUCCUAUUCUUUGACAGAUACUGACUACUAUUUCUGCAUGUUCUGAAACAAACAUUUUAUUAAACUGAUAUAGAUGUUCACUUCAUAUCCUCUCCAUGGGGAAAUUAUUGCACUUUUCCAGUCGGAAAAUCAAACUAACCUACUUCCACUGGAGGCUGAUAUGUUGAUUCUGCAUCAGGCUAUCACAGGGCCAUCUAUCAGCGAUAAAAUAAACUAACGAUAGCACCGUUUGUGGCCAGCAUGCAGUUAGAGAUGAAAGUAUAUGUGCCCCCCCCCCCCAGAUGACACCACUAAACACUGGCCACAUAUGUGGCCGCGAUGCAAGAAAGGGAUAUAAAACAUUCUUUUAUUUUUGGAACAAGAUCAUUGACUAGUUGGUUAGAUUUUAUGGGGUCUUAAAUAUAAUUACUUCAAGUUUCAUCAAAAUAGGAUAAAAAUGGUGACCCCUGGAGGAUCCACAACCUAGGUAUUACAUACUUUUACACUAUUUGCAUACGGGGAGCGGCCAUUUUGUCAGGUAGUUUCGAUCCGAUUUUCACAAAAUUCGAAAUCAACGGUUUUUUAAGUCAGAUAAAAAUUGAGACCCCGAUUUUUCGUACAAUCAGGAACAAUAAUCCAUGAUAAUAUCGAAGGGAACCGAAAUCUUUGGGCUAUAACCCUAUAUUUCACGUUUCGUCAAAAUCGGAUGAAAGUUGUGACCUGUAGAGUAUCCACAAACAAAUUUUGGACGGACGUCCGGACUUGCAGGGGCAACGACAUAAUACGUCCACCUGAAAUUGUGAGCGUAUGCUCAAUGGUACCGAUAAUCAGGCGAAGUAAAGACGAAUAUGACACGAUUUGACAAGAUGCCCUCACGAUAGCCCUGUGAAGGACAUAAUGGACACACGAAUUCAAAACAAAAAUGAAUUUUUGCCAGCGCUCAAUAAGUUGAUGCCCUCACGAAUGGCCCGAUGUUUUUACGAUCAGAGCCGAAUUUGAACAUUUACUCUAUCGUGUGUCCAUAUAAAGUCAAUUUUGGGACAGCGUGACGCCCGCUUAAAGAAAGUCUGGCCAGCUGUGGCCAUGGUCGCCAUUCCUUUCCCGAAUUCGUAAGUUUGAAUAAACCAAUAUUAGAACAAAACCGAUCUAAAACAAACCCGGACGGAAUCAUAGAUCAGCAUAAAGUGGGUUGGGGCAGGAACUGUGUUAGUAUCUAAAAUUGCACAGCAGCAACUAUAGAGAAACGGGUAUAAGUCCUACUGUUCGGCUCCAACUGGGCUAAUAAAGACGGGAUUACAAAGUUUAGAUAUGCCCUGAUAUGUACUGCUGUUGCCACGUGGCAGUCGUGUAUUCUGGAUCUACCCCGAUGUUAAGUGUGUCCUUUUCAGAGUGUUAUGCAUAAAGCAAUCUUAUCGCACGUUAAUGAGUUGUGACUAAUUGAAACAGUCACAGCCCAGUGCCAUUUACACGUGACAUUACGGCGCCUAUGAUAGAAUUUGUAUAUUAAUAUUGGAAAGAUAAUAUUUAUCUAAUUUGUCAUAUUUUGUAAAUAAACUGUAUAUCUAAAAUCUAAAUUUUAAUGCAUUUUUAAGUCACUGAGAAAUAGUUAUAUUGACAUUGCACAUUAAUAAAAAGAAAACCUUUCCAGACAGUUAGUAGCUGGUGAUUAUUAUGAACAUAUAUACUCUUCAAAGAAAAAAAAAGAAACGCACAGUCCAUUUUUCAUCAUUUUUUUUAAAUGAACGGGACUGUUGUUUCAAUAAUUCUUACUUGGUUUUAAUGUCAUCACGUAAGGAUAAAAGAAAGUCAUUAUUUGUUUUAAAUGUAGGGCCACUAAUUGUGUCUGGUCAUACUUUUUGCCGAAAUUCGCAAGCUUUUAAAAUCCUAGGGUUCUCGGUUUCAAAAUCAGUUGCAUAUGUAAAACACUCAACGAGUCAAGUGAUGCCACAUCUGAACGAAGACCAACGCAACAACGCUAUUGGUCGGUUGCAAGCAGGUGAAUCUCAGACAGAUGUAGUCAGGUUGCUGAAUAGUUCCAGAUUACCAUUUCUCGCCUUUGGGAUAGGUACCGACAGCGAAUUUCAAUACGUGACCGCCCAAGCUCAGGCCCAACAAGUGUGACCCCACCUGCCCUGGAUCGUCACAUCCGGUUACGUCAUUUGCGGAAACGGUUAACAACAGCGACCUCUACAGCAGCAGCAAUUCCUGGACGGCGUAGGAUCUCAGACUAGACAGUCAAUAGACGCCUACGUGAAACCAAAUUACGAGCCAGACGACCCGUUAGAGCUGUUGUUAUAAAAUACGCCGACACCGUCAAAUCCGACUUCAGUGGGUUCAGACACACAGGGUAUGGCCACAGCAACGCUGGAGAACAGUUUGGUUCAGCGACGACUCGCGGUUCCUUUUGCAACGAGGCGAUGGUAGAGCGAGGGUAUACCGACGACGAAAUGUCACUAUGCGUUUCUUUUUUUUUUUUCAUUUUUUGAAGAGUAUAUAAGAACAUUUAUUUCCUGUAUUUGGUGAAUUAAUUGUUAUGUUUAAAGACCGCAUAAAUGGGCAUAUACAUGUGGUACGUAGAGGUAUGCACUUAAAGCCAGUGUUUAUUUGGUUAUUAUAAAACUGACACAAAUCUGUAAAGCACACAUCAUUACUAUAUCACUUGCACUUACGUUAAUAUUCCACAACUUAGCAAUUGAAAUUAAAACUACCAUAUUGUGCCAUAUUAUUAUAUAAUCUACCUUUCAAUAUAAUUUGUAGGAUUGAACAUAGACUGUGAUAAUUAUAUAAAGUAGAUAUUGAUUAAUAAUAUGAAGUCAUGUUUGAGGUAUGAUAUUUUAAGUCAUUUUCUUCAAUUAAAAAUCAAAAUCAUUUUUUCAAUGACUUUACUAGUAUCUUUAAUUUGAUAUUGUCCUCACAUUGCAUCACCUUUCAUUUAAAUUGCAUUUACCUAAAACAUAAUACAUUAUAUUAUCAUUAUUGUUAUUGAAUAAAGAGAAA